CGCAUGGAUCCCUGCGCAGGAAACGGCACCCGUGAGGCACAGGAACCCUCUGCCGCUGACAACUAAUGGGCGUGUGCACCACUCGUCAAUAAAAGUUAAUUAUUAAGUGUCUCCAGUGACAUAACACUGUCCCUUUGCCUACACCGCACCACCCUAAUUAGCUUGCUCACAGGUUUAGUGAAAUUCUCUGGAAUCGGAACACACUGUUCCUCAUCCUAACAGAUCAGAAGUAUAAAUGAAAACCAGAACCAUGCUAGAAAUUAAACAAAUCUUAUAGGAAUGAUGCAUCUGUAGAAGCAGUUAAAGUCCACAGCCGCUGUAACAGAUCUUGAGAGGGUGACUUAGGUCGAUGACUGACGCUUUUUGGAGGAAGAAUUACACAAGCAACAGGCUUUUUUGUGCCCUAAUCUAGCAGAUGCUUCCGGACUUCUGCCCAGAGAAGCGGGGAGAGCGCGUUUCGCCAGCCCCGCAGCAUUAAAGAGGCCACGGCGCUCCGAUUCACAGCGGAUUGCUCUGCGCAUCGCCCACCCACCGUGAACGAGAAGCCGCUCGCUCCACAAACAGGCACAAGUUCAGUUCAAAAAUUCAUCCAGCCACAGCAGGAUGUUUAAAAAACUCACCGAAUCCAUAGUAAAUCAGUUGGAUCCAAAAGGAAACCUGGUUCCAGUUCCCAGCUUCUCAGACCAUGAAUAUUUCAGACCCCUCUGUCUAGUGAAAAGAAAAAGAAAAAGCAUAUUCCACCUAUUUCCCCGCUAUGAGCUGACACAUUACAGGCUCGACAACAUGCUGCUGCCUAGAGAAGGCAUAGAGCCACUCUUUGCCAACGGAGGGGAUAGAGAUUCAAGCAAAUUUACACUCAAAAUAAGCAGCAGCGACAGAGUUGAUGGGAGUCUAAGUGUUCCUGCGGACCGUGCAAGCACAGGGGUGACAGGAGCUGCCUCCUCGUCCCAAGCGUGGUCCAUCACGCUGCAGAAGAACCGCAUCCCACUAGCAGAACUUGAUGCACUGCAAGCAAAAAGAAAGCUGGAUAUGAAUCACACCUUCAUUCAACAACUAAAGAAAUCACAGCAGGUUUUAUACGUGGUUCACGAAACAAUUGAAGCCUCUGAGGAGACGAGCUACGAGGAGCGCACCGAGGCGGGGGGGGGCUUCAUGGCCAAGUUUUACGCCAAGUUUAACGUGAAGGGCACCACAGUGAAAAAACAAAGCAUGACUAUACCCAAGGGCUGCACCUUGGCCUUCAGGGCAAUCCAGCUGGGGAUUACAGAUGAAUCGUGGUAUCUUACCUAUUUCCCAUAUGUAACUAGAACAAUGUUUGUAUCUGAUGGUUCCCCACCAGGAAAAUUAGGAGAAGUGGAGGUAGAACUUCUAGAGAAUUGUCAAAUUCUCUCCACGCUGUCUCCUGAUCUGCUCGGCGUAUUUUUAAAAGCCAUCAAGGCUGCCAUGAGAGACAGGAACCUCUUUCAAGAGCUGACCCAGAAAAUGGAAGCAGUUCUUCAUGACACUGGUGGUUCUGGGCUGGAAACAGAAAGCCCAGAAUUAAAAGAGCUGCUGAGCAGCUUACAGAAUUCUUCAAGGGAUCUUCUCCUUGAGCUGGCAAGAGCAAUCGCCUACACUCUGGAUGCGUUAGAUGCGCUAACAGAGGAUCAGCUGGUGCUGUUGCUGGAGGCUUUGGAAGAGAAGAUUUUGCCCCAAUGGCUUAAGCUGGUUGAGAGCAUCCUGGAGCACGACAUAGAAGACACAACAGGGCCGUUCAGCGUGGAUCCCGCUUUGCUCUCCUUCCCACAGGAGAAGGGACAAGAAUUAACCAUUGCCCUGGUUGGGAUGAGCAGAGUGAAGCUCCAGAAGGACGGAUCUGCUGCCUGUAUGGACAACGCCUUCCCAGCCAUCGCGGCCCUGUACGUGUCUCUGUACGUCCUCAGCUUUCUGAGCAACUCAGAUUAGGUUACACACACCCUCCCAUUUCAAGGGAAUCGCUUGACAAUGCACGUGAAAGUCUCUUCCUGCAAAAGCCAGACCCUCUCUCUGAAUUUUACCCUGCUACAUAGGUUAGGAAUUCCUUAUUAAGACUUAGCGCUGAUUUAAAAUGAGUGAGGAAAACCAGAGUUAGGGCAAGAAAACUCCUUAUGGAAGCCAGUUAAAAAAAAGAUGGAUUUUUUCCCUCCCCACAUCUGAACGCAGAGUGAAAAACCCACAGCCCAUGCAAGGGUGGCAGCUGCACUUUGUGUGAUCCUGGUCAUGCUAAAAACCACCAGCACACUGCUUAUGCGCUCAAUAACGCACAAAGGAAUAAGUCAACAAUAAUUCAUUUACCCUGGCCACACUUGUGACACCUGUGUGACUCAGUAAGCUGUUCAGCAUUAAAAAGCUGUGGGACCUCUGAGCCUUUUAAUGAUGCCCACCUGGCAAACUGCACCUCCACUACACAAUUACUCACUCCACCAGCAAGAUAUAAAUGAUAGCAUUGCAAAACAACGUAACAAAUACUUAGAUUAUGACUUUAUAAAUAAAGCUAAUUAUUUUCUUACUAGA